UGCGGUUCUAAUCAACCUUCCUCGGCUCCUCUUAGCCCCCCGUGGCCCUUCUCACCCCCCUCAGUGUCCCUCGGCUCCUCUCAGACCCCUUCCACUCCCGUCUUCUUCCCGCAGUCCCCCUUGUCACCCCUGAGCGCUCUCGUCUCUCCCGAGCUCCCCUGAUACUCCCUGAGCGCCCCGCUUCUCCCCUGGUCACCCCACAACCCCCUCAGCGCCCCCCUGCCGCCCUCAGCUCCCGCCGAGAUGGAUGAUGAACCCGAGCGGACCAAGCGCUGGGAAGGAGGCUACGAAAGAACAUGGGAAAUUCUUAAGGAAGACGAAUCCGGGUCGUUGAAAGCAACCAUCGAGGACAUUCUCUUCAAAGCAAAGAGGAAAAGACUCUAUGAACACCAUGGACAAGUCCGGCUUGGAAUGAUGCGUCACCUUUAUGUGGUUGUUGAUGGAUCAAGAACAAUGGAGGACCAAGACUUAAAACCGAACAGACUUACUUGCACUCUGAAGUUACUGGAAUAUUUUGUUGAGGAGUACUUUGACCAGAAUCCUAUUAGUCAGAUUGGAUUAAUUGUAACCAAGAGUAAAAGAGCGGAAAAAAUGACAGAACUCUCAGGAAACUCAAAAAAGCAUGUAACUGCUCUGAAGAAAGCAGUGGAUAUGAGCUGCAGUGGAGAGCCUUCUCUGUAUAAUUCCCUAAAUUUGGCCAUGCAGACUUUAAAGCACAUGCCAGGACAUACAAGCCGAGAGGUUUUGGUAGUCCUCAGCAGUCUGACGACAUGUGAUCCUGCCAACAUCUAUGAUCUAAUUAAGUGUUUAAAAGCAGUAAAGAUCAGAGUGUCUGUCAUCGGCUUAAGUGCUGAAGUUCGAGUUUGUACAGUACUUGCCCGAGAAACUGGUGGAACUUACCACGUUAUUUUAGAUGAAGGUCAUUAUAAGGAGCUGCUGAUGCACCAUGUUAGUCCUCCACCUGCCAGUUCAACUUCUGAGUGCUCCCUUAUUCGAAUGGGUUUUCCUCAGCAUACUAUUGCUUCUCUAUCUGAUCAAGAUGCAAAGCCCUCCUUUAGCAUGGCGCAAUUGGAAAAUAACAGUGACCCAGGUCUUACACUGGGUGGAUAUUUUUGUCCUCAGUGCAGAGCCAAAUACUGUGAGCUUCCUGUGGAAUGCAAAAUCUGUGGUCUUACAUUAGUGUCUGCACCUCACCUGGCUCGGUCUUACCAUCACUUGUUUCCUCUAGAUGCCUUUCAGGAAGUUCCACUGGAACAAUACAAGGGGGAACGGUAUUGUCAAGGCUGCCAGGGAGAAAUAAAAGAUCAAAAUGUGUACAUAUGCAAAGUGUGUCAGAAUGCAUUUUGUGUGGAAUGUGAUCUGUUUGUUCAUGAUUCACUGCACUGCUGUCCUGGCUGUAUUCAUGAGCACCCUGCUCCUGUAUCUGUAUGAUCUCAUAUAUUUUUAAAAAUUGAUUUGUCUUUGUCAUUCUUGCAUAAAUCAUUUUAUUCAGCCAUCACUUUAACUGAGGCAUCUCUGAAGAAGAUUACAGAGGGAUAAACAGUGGCAUAGACACAAACUUAAAUGUUUCAAUUAUUUUAUUACUGUUAAUAUGUACCUGAAUUAUCUGUAUCUGUUUUUUGUUCUUGUCUAAAGAACUAUGGCUUUUCCCAGCUGUUACUAUAAUAAUGUAUAUAUUUGUAAAUGUGUAAGUGAUAAAACUGUUUUUUAUGAUAAUGUGAUGAUUCAUCUUGGUUUCAUUACUUGUUCAAAAAGAAGCCAUGAAAAUAUAUUUUACACAUUUACAUUUGGUUUUGGUGGAUGAUGGAUUUCAAAAUAUUCUUUUGCAAGAAUUAAACAAAGGUGAUUUGAGCAAUUAAUUGUAGAUAUUUCAUGUAUAUUAUUUUCAAGUAUUAUAAGUAUUCACCUUGGUGUUUGUUAAGGCAGCUUAAAUACAGGUGUUAUGAAUGUGCUGAAAACACAUUUUAGGUUUUAAUGGUGCAACUCAAAGCUAACUGAAUUCUAUUACUCCUGUGUCUGCAGCUGUCUGGUUUUGUCAAGUUUCAAUUUCUUGUAGGAGGGUGAGAUUGCUGAAAGGCAAUGAACUUGCAAAAGGGCAAGACCUGAGUUAAUACAAACUAUUGUUUGAUGGACUCAGUAUUGAAUACAAAAAGAGCUGCUGUUUGGUUGUGAGGCUACACUGACUUGACAGAACCCCACAUCAACUUUUUUAAACCUCUAAAGCAACAAGACAGGUGGGUGCAGGAGAGUAAGUGCUCCUCCUUACCUGAACCUUGAAGAAUAGAAAUUGACACAAGUGCAAGACUGAUAUUUUGCAGUGUCUGCUCUAAGUGUGUUUGCAGCUUGAACCUGUGAGAAUUAUAAUGUGCUACACCUCAGUAAAAGGAGGCUACAGGUGCAGUGUUUGAAGCAAUACAUCACAAUGGGUUUUCUAGAGUCACCCUGUGAUGAUUGUAAAUACAUCAGUGACUGAGUUGCUCUGGGUGUAUGUGACUUAAUUUUUGAACUUUGUAUUUUGUCAGAUUAGAAAUGGCAGUAUAACAGCUGAAUUACUAAUGAAAGAGAGGUGAUUAUGAAUGUUAUCUAAAAGAUGUGCAUAAUAUAAUUUAGUAGUCUUUUUUUCCAAAAGAAUGUAAAAUAAUCCUGUAGCAGAGACAAAUAACAAUUAAAUACAUGAGCUGCAUUUUUUUGCUUUGUACUGAUUCCCACAGGUAGUCUGAUUUUCUCAAGUUUGUCAAAUAUAUGGAGACAGAAUUCCAGGGAGUCCAUGAACACUGCAGAAGAGUUAAAACCCUAUGUAAGAAAUGAGUGUGAUAAAGCCCUUUUUAUCCUAUACAUCUCAUUCAUGGUCUUUGACAGAAAUGGCAACUGCUGCAUUUUUUCUCAUACCCUUGUUCAAUCCAGUGUGCAGUGUUUUUGCUGUGGGUUAGAUUUAUUUACUAAGAUGGUUAGAUGUACCCCAUGCAAACAGCACAAGAAAUUCUCUCCUCCUCGUGAAUUUGUCCUGGGCAAAGCUGUGGGUAAUAUUUCAAAAUAUGAUAUCUGUGUUCAGAAGCUGAAGAACCCAGCAGAGACACUCAGAGGUACAGUGUGCAGGAUACAGCCCUUUGAUAGAUGGCUGUUGUAUGCCAGAGGAACAUACUCUUAUUUACUUGACAGAGGUGGGUUUUUCUUUACAGGUCAUUGAAAACAAAACUGGGAGGGAUUGUUGGUUUGAUUUAUAGAAUGGUACAGGUCUGCUUACAGCACUUGAAUAAAUAUACAUUUUAUUUUCAUGCAUUGUUUGGCAAUGCACUGUAUUCUCCAUAAAUGCUGUCAUCCUCAUGAUGAAGAAUACAGGCAACUCACUCAA